AGCGGCCGCUGCCCUAAGAUAACGGGCAUCGGCCGGCUCUCCCCCUCCUGCCAGGCUGACACGAGCGACAAGGCCAGGGACUCCUCCGCCUCUGCAUCCCCUCAUCCCCGUGGCUCUGGGGCUGGCCCAGGGACAGACACCCCCAAUCCCCACCCCAUCUGCCCUGGAGAGGAAAGACUGCCCUUCCAUAUCCCACAGUGAGGACCCAGGGCCCAGGCUACCCAUGCCCGGCAAGAAGAACAAGGGUCUCUGUUGAGGAGAAAGGGCCGGCAGCCCUAACUUCUUUCUUCCUGAGUCCCCAUCUCUGUCACUGCGUCCUGCAAUUCCCAUCCCUCCGUAUUUAUUUCCCUGGCCCCUGGCCAGCCCUCCAUCUCUUGUCUUUGGGAUUCAGGCCUCUCUCCCUGACAUGGAGAGUAACCUGUCUGGCCUGGUGCCUGCUGCGGGGCUGGUGCCUGCGCUGCCACCUACGGUGACCCUGGGGCUGACUGCAGCCUACACCACCCUGUAUGCCCUGCUCUUCUUCUCUGUCUAUGCCCAGCUCUGGCUGGUGCUUCUGUAUGGGCACAAGCGUCUCAGCUAUCAGACGGUGUUCCUGGCACUCUGUCUGCUCUGGGCCGCCUUGCGUACCACCCUCUUCUCCUUCUACUUCCGAGAUACUCCCCGGGCCAACCGCCUGGGGCCCUUGCCCUUUUGGCUUCUCUACUGCUGCCCUGUCUGCCUGCAGUUCUUCACACUGACGCUUAUGAACCUCUACUUUGCCCAGGUGGUGUUCAAGGCCAAGGCGAAGCGUCGGCCAGAGAUGAGCCGAGGCUUGCUGGCGGUCCGAGGGGCCUUCGUGGGGGCCUCGCUGCUCUUUCUGCUGGUGAAUGUGCUGUGUGCUGUGCUGUCCCGCCGGCGCCGGACACAGCCCUGGGCCCUACUGCUGGUGCGAGUCCUGGUGAGCGACUCCCUCUUCGUCAUCUGCGCCCUCUCUCUUGCUGCCUGCCUUUGUCUCGUUGCACGUCGGGCUCCUUCCACUAGCAUCUACCUGGAGGCCAAGGGGACAAGUGUGUGCCAGGCGGCUGCCAUGGGGGGCGCCAUGGUCCUGCUCUAUGCCAGCCGGGCCUGCUACAACCUGGCGGCCCUGGCUUUGGCACCCCGGAGCCGGCUGGAUGCCUUCGAUUACGACUGGUACAACGUAUCUGAUCAGGCGGACCUGGUCAAUGACCUGGGAAACAAAGGCUACCUGGUGUUUGGCCUCAUCCUCUUUGUGUGGGAACUGCUGCCCACCACCCUGCUGGUGGGCUUCUUCCGGGUGCACCGGCCCCCACAGGACCUGAGCACCAGCCGCAUCCUCAGUGGGCAGGUCUUUGGUUCCCGUUCCUACUUCUUUGACCGGGCGGGGCACUGUGAGGAGGAGGCCUGCUCCUGGAAUCACAGCCGGAGUGAGAGUACCAGCAUGUCAGGUAGCCUAGGCUCUGGCAGCUGGUAUGGUGCCAUCGGGCGUGAGCCGGGCUGGUGCGGGGGUAGCCAGACGAGGACCACGCCUCUGCUCUUCUCCCAGGUGCCGGGACCUGGUGGCCACCACCACAGCCUCUACUCCACCCCACAGACGUGACCCUCCUCCCCUCCCCUUAGAACACCCAGGCCCCCUUACCCCAGGCCCCUGUGCCAAGUUUAUCUGCCGCUUCUUGCCCAGGAUUCUGGGGGCCAUGGCCGCCCACUCUUCUGGUCGGCUCCUUUGCUGCUCCUGUUGUAGUGAGCUUGUCCCAUUCCCCUAGGAUGGGGGACACAGCCCUGGCUGCCAGAUGCCCACAGCACCCUGGCAUGACCUGCCACUUCUGCUUCCACACUGGAGCCAGCUACCUCUCCUGUGCCUGCCACUUAAUAAACAGUGUCUGUGCCCCUCGAUUGU